AAGACUUGGUCUUCGUCUCCAUCAAUUGUUUCCUUCGCAUCUAUGAGAGGGAUUCUUCUUCCGGAAUCCCAAAUUGCACGCACCUUAGAUCAUGUUCUAGGGUUUGUGUAAAAGGUAUUUCUCGCUGCUUCGUUGGUCGAGACAUUCAGGGUGGUGAGAGAACGUAAUGAAAUCGACCAGAUUUAAAAUCGGAAUGAAGAUACCUUGGGACCGGUAUUUUACCUAUUCAUUCACUUUGUUGAUCGUUUUACCGAUUCUUCUACGCAUCAAUGUUUGCAAUGGCCAAGACUACGGGACACCGAGCGAAGAAGGGAGUUCGGAAUCGCCUCCCGAGAUGGCCAAAUGCAACGGAAUUUUCAUGAGUUAUAGCUUCAGUGGCCGCGAAAAAGAAUACCCUCAUGUCAAGAACGCUACAGCACAAUCCUGGGCAUUUAGGGCGAAUGCCAUGAUCGUUAAUGUGGGAACGGAGGAGCUCAAAGGCUGGCAGAUGUUCAUCGGAUUCCGCCACAAGGAGCUCAUCGUUUCAGCAACGGGUGCCUCGCCUAUGGACGGCGAUUUUCCCUUGGAUGCGAGCAAUGGAACAACGUUCAUUGGAUCGACCAACACAGAUUUGAAGACGUCCAUUGAAACAGCUGGUGAUUACAACCAGAUAUCCGCGAAUAUCGAGAUCGUAGGGACUCUUUUUGGGGUAAAAUUGGGCGUAACACCGAUGCCUAGUAACAUUAAGCUCAUAAACGAUGGUUGGCAAUGCCCUCCUGCGAAGAGGCGAGGAGGCAAUAUGCAUGUUUGUUGCAAGAAGAACCCCAAGUUCAAGGCCAAGACAGUGCCAAAGACGAAAUUCGCAUCAAGAAAGUACGGAGAUUUAAAUAUGGUUUAUGAUGUUCUCCAGGCAUAUGGCAACAACUACUUAGCCCAAGUGACGAUCGACAACAAUAACCCUUUAGGGAGAUUGGAUCAUUGGAAUUUAACAUGGGAAUGGAUGCGAGGGGAAUUCAUUUACUCGAUGAGAGGUGCUUUUACACAUAAGAAGGAUGCGUCUGAAUGCAUAUACAGCAAAGCGGGACAAUACUAUGGGGAUAUGGAUUUCUCUCAGGUCGCAAAUUGUCAGAAAAAACCUAGCAUUUCUGAUUUGCCACCUGAGAGAAAAGACGAUAAUGUGAUCGGGAAGUUACCUUUUUGUUGUAAGAAUGGCACCCUCUUGCCUCCUACUAUGGAUCCUUCAAAAGCUCAAUCUAUCUUCCAGUUGCAGGUUUUCAAGAUUCCUCCUGAUCUGAAUAGAACAGCGUUAUAUCCCCCGCAACACUGGAAAAUUGACGGUGUUUUAAACCCACAAUACAAAUGUGGACCACCUGUUCGAGUGGACCCGACACCGUUCCCUGAUCCGAGCGGCCUCCAAGCCACGACUUUCGCCAUGGCAAGUUGGCAAGUGGUCUGCAACAUAACCAAACCUAAGCAUCAAGCAUCGAGAUGUUGUGUCUCGUUCUCGGCUUUCUACAAUGAAUCUGCCAUCCCUUGUAACACUUGUGCUUGUGGAUGCGAUGACAUCGAUACUGACACCUGCAAUGCGAAUGCAAACCCUAUGUUGCUUCCUCCCGAUACCCUUCUCGUACCUUUUGACAACCGCACCAUAAAAGCCAAGGCUUGGGCUAAACAAAAGCAUAUGCCUAUUCCUAAGAAGCUUCCUUGCCCUGAUAAUUGCGGCGUCAGCAUAAAUUGGCAUGUGAAUACCGAUUACAGAAGCGGUUGGACAGCGAGAAUAACAAUCUUUAAUUGGAAAGAAGUUGUAUUCGAGGAUUGGUUUGCAGCUAUUGAGAUGGGAAAGUCCGGUUUAGGUUAUGAAAACGUAUAUUCCUUCAAUGGCACUCGCCUUCCGCCUAAUAAUCGAACCAUUCUAUUCCAAGGAUUGCCUGGAUUGAACUACUUGGUGGGCGAGGUGAACGGAACAGAUCCAAACAAAGAUCCACGAGUUCCGGGGAAACAACAAUCGGUUAUUUCCUUCACCAAAAAAGGCAAUGACAACCUUAAUAUCCCCGGUGGUGAUGGAUUUCCUACGAGAGUAUUCUUCAACGGAGAAGAAUGUGCGCUCCCAAAGUAUUUCCCGAAGAAAAAUGUAGGAAACAAGCAUGGAAUCAACAUCUCGACAAGCCUUGUUCUUGCAGCAGCCGUGAGUCUUGUAUUAAUGAUAAACAAUUUAUUGUACUGAUGAAGAUAAGCCAGAUUUAUGUUCCAA